AUGAUUUGUAUUUUCUUCGUAACAAUCAUUAUUACUAAAAGUUUAGAACUGAAUCUCAUCGAUGUGACAACGAAGACCGAAAUCGGAUCCAUUGCUAAAUCUUUAGAAGAUGAUAAAACUCUAGACGUAACAACAAUAGAUGGUAGACGAUAUUGGCUUGUGUCAGCGAUCGAUGAGAAAGUAACUCAAAAAAAUAAAGAAGUCGACGAUGAGAAAGAUGAAAAUUUAAAAGGUAAAAUAAUGACUUUAGUAGAUCAAACGAUUUACGAUACGGAACAGAAGAUCAAUUCACUUCAGAGCUUAAAAGAUGUCCAUAGAUCCGAGCCUCCUUAUAAAGCCGGAUUCAUUUUGAGCUUGAUAAAAAAAUCUAAGGACGUACUAAACGAACUAUUUAAUGUCGCUAUAAAACACAAGAAUGAUUGGAAAGCUUUGGAACAGAUGAAAGUAUUUGAACUUAUUGUUCAUACUAAUGUCGAUACGACUAAUCUUGUAAGGCAGUUAGUUGAAGUUCAUAUCCAAUAUAUGAACGCUACCAAUACUGGUGAUGGUAGGAAGAGAGUGGUACUUCUUAAGUAG